AUGGCGUCCUUGCCCCCCUCUGUCACCUUGAACGCCACCCUCGCCAAGCUCGAACCCGACAGCAGGAAGACGCCCAACGCUUCCCUACUGCUCGAAAAGGUAAUCAACUUCUGCCCAAAUUUCUCUACACCUAAUUUCCUGCAAAAGCUCUCUCCUAAUUCACUCCCCUUGUAGUCCCCGAAUGACUGGAUACGUGAUGUGCUUUUUUUCGUCUUGAGCAUCCUCUUUGGAGGGUUUUGAAUCGAACGGUAUUGGCCGGAGCAUCAUCUUUUCUAUUCCUUCUUGUUUUGGUGUGCUUCCCCCCCUCCAAUUUUCUGACGAAAACCCCAAUGCGUCGAAAGUUCGUUGUCUCCACGCGCCUCUGAUGAUUUCGACGGUUCUUUCGCGAGUCAGUGGGCUCUUUCUCCUCGCUUGCAUUCUUUUAGUUGCAACAUUUGUUUGUAAUUUCUACGACCCCGCCUCCUUUGCCCUUCUCUCUCGUACUUACUAGACCAGAACUCUCUUUGUGCUCGUUGACUUGCCAGAGAAGCCCGGAGCCGCUGUCUUUGAAUCUCGGGGAAGCGCUCUCGGUCCUGAAAGAAGCCACUCAUGUGGAGUCAGCUGUCUACGUUCCUCUCCUCCAGGAGUGCGUGGACACCAAAUCUCUCCAGGGGGUAAACGCCCUCCACGGCCACAUCUUAAAGACAGGAGCCCGCGAGGAUGUAUUCCUAUCGACGUUCCUCGUUAAUGCCUAUGGGAAAUGCGGGUCUAUGACCCAUGCCCGCAACCUGUUCGACGGCUUGCCUCGGCGGAACAUUGUCACGUGGACGGCGCUCAUGACCGGGUACGUCCACAAUUUCCAGCCGGAGGAGGCCGUUCAGGUAUUCAUUCACUUGCUGGAAGCAGGUGUUUAUCCCACGAAUUACACCUUGGGAGCCAUUCUGAGCGCGUGCUGCUCCCUACAUGAUCUUGCGUUGGGCAGGCAGGUGCAUGGCUACAGUGUGAAGUAUAAGGUCGGUGCCGCCGAGACCAGCAUAGGGAACUCCCUCUGUGGCUUCUACUCGAAAUGCGGAGGCCUAGAUUCUGCGGUCAAGGUCUUCCAAAGUAUGCCAGAGAAGAAUGUAAUUUCUUGGACGACUAUCAUAUCUGGUUGCGGCGACAGUGGCAAAGCUGAAAUGGGGCUGAGAUUUUUCCUCACCAUGCUAUUAAAUGGCGUGGAGCCAAACGAGUUUACUCUGACCAGCGCAUUGAGUCUUUGUUGCGCAGCACAGGAGCUUGCCCUCGGACUGCAAAUUCAAUCCAUGUGCAUAAAAUUUGGGUGCGAAUCGAAAUUGCCGGUGAGGAACUCAAUCAUGUACCUGUAUCUGAAAUGUGGAGACAUCGACAAGGCAAGGUGGCUAUUUAAUGAUAUGGGGACCGUCAACCUGAUCACUUGGAAUGCAAUGAUGGCAGGACAUGCUCAGGCGAUGGAUAUUUCCAGGGAUGAUGUCUCAGCUCAUCGCAGCGGUAUUGAGGCUCUCAAGAUAUUCCAGAGGCUGAAUCGAUCGGACAUGAAACCCGAUCUCUUCAGCUAUUCGAGCGCAUUAACUGUCUGCAGCAGGUUGUCGGCCUUAGAUCAAGGGGAGCAAAUACAUGCUCAAACGAUCAAAGUGGGCUUCUUAUCUGACGUAGUCGUCGGCAGCGCGCUGGUGAGCAUGUACAGCAAGUGCGGCAGUGUAGAGAAAGCAUGCAAAGCGUUUGUAGAAAUGCCGACAAGAACAAUGAUAUCCUGGACUUCCAUGGUCACCGCCUAUUCUCAACAUGGGCUGACCGAAGAGGCAUUGCGGCUGUUUGGCGACAUGAGGUUCGCCGGAGUAAGGCCAAAUGAGAUUACAUUUGUGGCAGUUCUCUCGGCUUGCAGCCAGGCAGGUAUGAUCGAGGAGGCGAAGAGGUACUUUAAAAUGAUGUGCAAAGAGUACCGAAUAAAGCCCGUCAUGGAUCAUUACGCGUGUAUGGUCGAUUUGUAUGUAAGGUUAGGCCUGCUGGAAGAUGCACUUGACUUUAUCGAGCAAAUGCCCUUCGAGCCAAACGAAGUGAUCUGGUCCAUGGUGAUCGCCGGCUGUAGGAGCCAAGGGAAUACAGAGCUGGCUUUUGUGGCUGCUGGCCGGUUGCUCGAAUGCAAGCAUAAGAGCAGCGAGACGUACAUGUUGCUGUUGAGCAUGUACAUCUCGGCAGAGAGGUGGCAGGAUGUAUCGAGGGUGAGGAAACUGAUGAAACAGGAGAGGAUAGGAGGCAUCAAGGAUUGGAGCUGGGUCAGUAUAAAGGGAAAGGUUUAUUCGUUUGGAGCAGACGACAGAUCUCAUGCACAGAGUGCCCAGAUGAUCGAGCUGCUGGAGUCGUUGCUUCAGAAAGCAGCAAGAGACAUGGGAUACGUUCCCUAUGUAGGCCUAGAUAUGACAGAGGGCGAGUGUGACGAGAAGAAACCCCCCUCCGUUCGCCAUCACAGCGAAAGGCUGGCAAUUGCUUUCAGUCUGAUCAACACAGCUGAAGGCACGCCAGUGAGGGUUGUCAAGAACGUUAGUAUGUGCAGGGAUUCUCACAGCGCUAUAAAGUUCUUCUCGGUAUUGACCCAGAGAGAGAUCCUUGUGAGGGACAGCAAGCGACUCCACAGGUUCAGAGAGGGUAAGUGUUCCUGCGGUGACUUCGGCGCAUUCUUGUGA